AUGGCGCAGUCUGAGGCCGACAGCACAUCUCUGGUCGAACUCCAGCGUCAGUAUGCGCGGAGAUGUGAUUGCUUGGUCCAAUACAACGGUGGCCCUAUCAGCCGAGUGCUUGUGAAGCAAAUGACCAAUCAGCUGAUCUCGAGCCUAUUCUAUGUAGAGUUGGCAGCCACUCCCACCUUCUAUCGAUCGCCGCACGCCUGUGAGCUGGCCCUGCGUUGCCGUCUCGCCCCCGGCGCCGCGCUCUUUGGCCUCCUACUGAGGUUGUGUCGGGGCGAGGCGCACUUCCUCUAUCGCGGCGAUGAGCUGGAGUACAAGAGGAUCAGAGUUUGCGAGGAGAAGGACUUGAAGGCAUACCAGAACUGGGCUUCUUAUGAACGUUCACUCCAAGUGCAGGCUGUAUCUCCAGCAUGCAAAAUUGACAUCCAAAUCGACGGUGACGGCAUCGACAAAGGCCAGCACAACACCAGUCACUACAUCAGUAACUGCCCGUACCGGCUCGAAGACCUGAUACGUGAUCAAGGUCUGCAUCGCUGCUUUGGCUCGCCUGAUCACCGUCCCGUCUCAGGAAGACCAGCGAUGUCGACACAGGCCCGGCUUGGCCCCCACUCCGCCGCACCAGUGGAUAUGGAGGAGAGCAGCAUACUGCAACAGCUCAACGCGCUUCAAUGCACCUUUGGGCAAGUGAUGCAGUCGCAGCAGCGAUUCCAGGAUGGAUUGACGACAGAGAGUUGA